AUGACCGACCUGGCAGGCAUUCCCCAACCCAAGCGGUAUCCCCCCUCGGCGACGGGCGGAAGGCUGCUCUUCUGGCCGCUCGACGGGCCGACGCUCGAGACCAGCGGCCUCGCCGUCAUGACGGCCGCCGGCGGCGGCGGUGGCGGCGGCGGCGGCGGGCCGACCGACCCGCUCGCGGCACGCCGCGCCCCUUACUACGACGCGGCGGCGGGCGCGGGCGCGUGGCACCCGGUCUCGCGGCAGCCCGUUAGCGAACCGCGCGUCUCGGCUGUCACGGUGCGCGUGGCGGAGUUGGACGAGUGGGUGGAUUCUUGGGAGGAGGUGCAUUGGGAGCAUGGCGCGGAUGGGUUUCGCUGUGAGGACGGGGUGGGGGGCGGCGAUGAGGUCGGUGGUCAUUCCCCUCAUGAUGGUGGUGGUGGUGGUGGUGGUGGUGUCGCGGGAAGCCACUGCGCGUGCGGCGCGGUGAAGCCGGUGGGUGUGAAGGAUCUCAGCGUCGUGGUGACGGGGACGGGCGGUGUUACCGAGGGUAGCGGUGACGGUGGCGGUUUCGUCACGGUGCACGACUACGUGACGGCGGUGCACCCGUGGCUCAUGGGCCUGCGGAACGACAUCCUCGGCGCGCUGGGGACGAUGAACGGCGACGACGCGCCCCUGCCCGCGGACACAGAGCUGAUGGUCUGCUACGACGCGCUAGACAGCCUACGGAUUAUGAAGCGGGAAGAGUGGAUCCGUAUGGUCAAGAAGGAGCCGUCGCCGGGCUUUAGUCUACGCGAGCUGCUAGAGUAG